AUGGAGGAGAAGCAGCAGGUGGAGCCGCCGGCGCUGGUGCCGGAAGCGGGAGCCGAGCCAAGGGCGCCACCACAGCCGCAACAGCAGCCGAAGCCGGCGGUGCAGGUGCAGCCUUCUAUGCCGGUGCUGAGGCCAUGGCCAAUGGAAAUCACGCUUUCUAUGAAGCCUGUGGUUGAAAUGAAGAGUGGCACCCCAACCAAGAAAAAGAAGCACUGUAAUUGCAAAAACUCACAAUGUUUAAAGCUGUACUGUGAGUGUUUUGCAGCAGGUGAUUACUGUGAUGGUUGCAAUUGUAAACAAUGUGGAAACACUGUUGAGAAUGAAAAGGGUAGGCAGGACGCUAUUAACAACACAAAGCUACGAAAUCCAAACGCUUUUCAACCUAAGAUUGAAAAUGGUCCAAUUCCUCCCAGUGUUCGGAAGGAUGCUGGAGCACUACCUUCACUUCCAAAGCAUAAUAAAGGUUGUCACUGCAAGAAGUCAGGUUGUCUAAAGAAAUACUGUGAAUGUUUCCAAGCUAAUAUCCUUUGCUCCAAGAAUUGUAAAUGUAUGGAUUGCAAGAACUUCGAAGGGAGUGAGGAGCUACGGAGUACAAUUCAAGGGGAUAAUUCAUGUGAUCGAAAUAACAUUCAACAAGCAGCUAAUGUUGCUCUGAAUGGUGCCAUUGGAUCUUCAGGGUAUAGAUUUUCUCCAGUACGUAGAAAAAGGCCUCCAGAAGAUCCCCACUAUCAGAGAUUAAAUGUUGAAGGAAGUAUGAUGCAGACACAGUUUCAAGAGGCUAACAAUGUGGAUGUUUCCCAAAUUACUUCAUCUACUGGACGUGGUGGUUCCACUGGCAAUUUGCAGGGUAGAUCUAAACUGGUAUAUAGGUCUCCACUAGCAAAUACUAUCCAUGUUACUGAUGUCAACGACCUAGCCAACCAUUUGGUGAUUGUAUGCAGAAAGGCAGCAGAGAGGUUCACGACAAUAGUUGAUAACAAAGAGGAGAUGGAAAUAGAUAGGGAAAUUUGCACAAAUACUUACCAAAAGUUUGAUGAGAACAAGGAAGUCCAGAAAGCUGCUCUUAGUCAACUUGGCAAAGUGACUAAUAUAGAUCAGCAAAUUGUUGAUGACUCCAGAUUGCAUUGCUCUGACACCCAAGAGGAUGCUAGACCUGCCUCUCCAGGAACACAAGCGCUGUUGUGUGAUGAGCAGGAUCUCACAUUUGGUACAGCUCAUAGAAGUCCAAUUCCAGUAGCAUUGCAUGAUCAGGACAUUUCAGAGCUACACGCUGCACAAGAAAAUGCAGUGUUGAAGGAGUUCAGAAACUACCUCCGGCUAAUUAUCGCACGUGGAAAAAUAAAUGCAGAAGGAAAAUCCUCAUCAGGGACAGGGAUGGAAUCAGAUGCUCCAAGUCAUCAUGAAUCAAGCACCAGUUUAGCCCCAGUAAGAGCUGAAGAAAAAACCAAUACUAAGGAUGACCCUGAAGAUCCUAAAACAAGUCGAUCAUUUGCGUCAAAUGGUAAUCCAGAAGCCCCCAAGCCUUUGGAGGUGUGA